AUGCUGUCUGACCUGGAGGCCGCCACUGCAGUCGGACCUGGCCCGGGCGAUGGGAACGUCGACGACAAGUACACGCGGUUCGGGCGCUGGAAGCGCAUCCGCAUGGUGGCCGUGCUGUGCUACUACACCUUCCUGACGCCCAUCAGCUCAACGGCGGUCUUCGUGGCCAUCCCCGAGGUCGUCGCAGAGCUCGGCAGCACGCCAACCGUCGUCAACAUGUCCAACGCCCUCUUCUUUGUCUUCAUGGCCCUGGGCCCGCUGCUCUGGGGCCCGCUCGCGCAGGUCGUCGGCCGCCGGCCCGUGCUCGUCGCCUCGAGCGUGCUCAUGACGGCCUUCAGCGCGGGCACCGCCGCCGCGCCGAACCUCGUGGCCUACUUCAUUUUCCGCAUGCUGAGUGCCUUCCAGGCCACGGCGAUCUUGGUGGUCGGCUCAGUCGUCAUUGGGGACCUGUACGCGCCUUCGAACCGAGGCCGCGCGAUAAGUGCAUUUCUGGCAGGGGCGUUCAUCGCUCCCGCGGUGGCGCCGAUUCUUGGUGGUCUUGCCGUCACGUUCUCGACGUGGCGAGCGAUAUUCUGGGUCAUCACGAUCCUGACGGCCAUCUGCACCGUGCUGGUGGUCGUGGUGGUAGAAGAGACUGCACCAGAAGGCGCGCUGCCCAUCAACUAUGACAAGAACAAGGACAAGGCAACAAGCUCUUCGUCGCCGCGCCAGAGCAUCCGAAAGGCGUUCAACCCGGGGCUCGUACUGGUGUCGCUGGUCCGCGAGCCGGGUCUCUGCAUAGCGGCCAUCGCCGUGUCCGCCAUCAUCUGGAACCAAUACUCGAUGCUCGCCCCGAUCCGCUACGUCAUCAACCCUCGCUUCUCCCUGACCGAGCCGCUGCAGGCGUCGCUCUUCUUCCUCCCGCCCGCGAGCGGGUGCAUCUGCGGGGCCUUCUUUGGAGGGUGGUGGUCCGACUAUGUGGCGUCGGGACAGGAGCGGAAGCACGGGCGCCGGGUGCCCGAGCACCGGCUCAAGAGCUCGGUAUGGCUCAUGGCCGUCCCGCUGCCGGGCUUCACGAUGCUGUACGGCUGGUCGGUCCGGCACGAGGUCGGCGGGAUCCCGCUCGUCGUCGUCGCGCUGUUCCUGCAGGGGUUCACCCAGAUGCUGUGUCUUCCUGGACUGAAUACCUACGUCGUCGAGGCAGUGCAGGACCGCGGGAUGAGCUCCGUGGCAGUGGCGGGCAACUACCUAUCACGCUUCAUGUUUGCGGCCGCGGGCACGGCGGCGUGCCUGCCUGCGAUCAACCUUAUUGGUGUGGGCUGGUUCAGCACUAUUUCUGGAUUGUUUAUAGUCUUCAGCGCCGGUCUCGUGUUUCUCCUGACUGUCAAUGGAGAAAAAUGGCGCACAGAGAAUACGAAGAAAGAGGGGGGGUUGUGA